UUCCACAAACUCUCCAUCUUUACCUACAACCAACCCGACGGUGGGGCUUCACCGCUGAAUCCGGGGUUCAAUGUCACACAAGCCCGGAACACACUCCACAAAGCCAACGUCACAGUGCUCAUUUCGCUCCGCCAUCCGAGUAAUUAGCCCCUCAAUCGCAAUUGCCCCUCCGUCGCUUCGACCUGGAGUAUCGACGGCCCUCACACUACACACAGCAGGAAAAGUCAAUUCUGUUGCUAUGGAUCAACGCGGCGCACUCGAGUUUACGCUCGAGGCAUUUGCAGACCCUAAUUCGGUGCGCGAUGUUGUUCGCGGAAUUCUGCACACAAUCUUCUUCCUCCGCUUCUUCCCAUCGAUCCUCCCGCAGACCCGCGACGUGUUGGGCCUCGAGCUGGCGUAUGUGCCCGAGGCCGAGAUCGAGACGCUCAUCGACCAGCGCGUGGCCGCCCUGGUGCGGCAUCUCGAGUCGGAGCGCCACCAGCCGCCGCAGGGUGUUGCUGGACACCACGGCGGCACGGGGCUAGGGAUCACGCCGCCGAGCGCGACAUCGUCGUCGGCCGGCUCCGGCUCCGGGCGCGGGCAGAUCACGGUGCAGUUCUUUGAGAAGCGCCGGCGCAAGACGUGGUUGUACAACAUGCGCGGCGACGACGAGGUGUGCUGGGAGAGCUGGACCGUCAAGGUCACGGUUGCCGAGCCGAGGACGGAAGGAGAGCGUGCCAAGGUCCGCAAGGCCUCCGAAACGACUCUCCAUAACACCAUCAUGAAGGCCGUCACCCUGGCCAACGCCCACAAGGACCACAUCCCGCCCAUCACGACAACCGAGUCGAAUCCGUUUCCCUACCAGAUCAACAUUGGCAGCCAUCACCAAAAGGAGGCCUCUGGCUGGGCCACGCGGAUGGGCAUUUACUAGACCAUCCGGUGUCAAUGUUGCGAUUUUUUCCUCUGGUAUAUACUUGGUUGUCCCAAUGUUCGGAGAACGAGGCGUUGGCUAGGGAUUUCGUGGCUUAGGCUGUCUGAGUGAGCACAAAUGUUAACGGGUGCGGCACUAUUGAGAAAGGGUUUGGAUAACUCGCAUGGGAUUUGGCGUUUUUGGGUUCGUUUCCUUUUUCUCGUGAGGGAGGCAUUUGGAUAGAGGCGGACAAGGGCACAGUAAAAGGAAGGCUGUGGAUUUCUUUCCUGGCACCGGUAAAAUAGCACUCUCUCUCUUGGAUUCAGGAGGAGUGAUUCGAGAUACCCCUAAACAAACAUGAACUAGACCCAGACUUUGGAAGAUGGAGUGAACGACUUGGAGCAAGGGCAGCAGGGGAGGUAUGUGUACACAAACUAUCUGACCUACUACUGGAGGUACAAUAAUCACCCUGAAUCACGAGACGUAGAGGACCGGAUGAAAUAAACAUGCAACCC